AAAAGAAGCAGUGGGAACCAAUUUAGUGGCCUCAUCUCUUCUGCAACAGUACAGAAUAAGAAGAUGAAUAGCGGUGGAGAAGAAUUUAAAGGCUCACCCUAUAGCCGCCAUAGAAAUGAGGACUUGGAAGCUAGCUACCCCCACAGGGUCUAUUCUGACGAGGAUGAGAACUGUGAUCCUUUUGAUAUUUUCCGCACCAAGAGCGCCCCAGCUGACCGUUUGAAACGUUGGAGGCAAGCAGCACUUGUCCUGAAUGCUUCUCGCAGAUUCCGAUAUACUAUGGACUUGAAAAAAGAAGAAAAAAAGCAAUUAGUAGCUAAGAUUAGAACCCACGCACACGUCAUACGUCUGUGCUUUUUCAAAAAGCUGGGCAAGCUGUGCAGGGUCAAAGGUGUUGCAGGAAAGCUGAAAACAGAUAUUGAAAAGGGAAUUGUUGGGAAUGAAGGGGAUUUAUUAAAACGCAGUAGUGAAUUUGGAUCUAACACUUAUCCACAAAAGAAAGGACGAAGUUUUUGGAGGUUUCUUUGGGAAGCUAGUGGGGAUACAACCUUGAUAAUCCUGAUGGUAGCUGCAGCUGCAUCUUUGGCACUAGGGAUUAAAACUGAGAUAUGUACUUCCAAGAUCUACAUCCGCCAUUGUUGCACUUCCCAAGCUUUUUCAGAUCUGGCUUCGUCAUACUGCAGAUCCCACGCCCAACACCAUGCUGCUCUUGUGGAUAUGAGAUUUGAUGAAGAAGAAGCUGUAAGCGACUACAAGCAAUCCCUUCAAUUUCAAAGUUUAAAUGAUGUGAAGCAAAACAUACAACUUGAGGUUAUCCGAGGUGGGCGAAGAAUUCCUAUUUCUAUAUUUGAGAUUGUUGUUGGUGAUAUUGUACCAUUAAAGAUCGGUGAUCAGGUGCCUGCUGAUGGGCUUGUAUUAAAUGGACAUUCUCUUGGAAUUGAUGAGUCAAGUAUGACAGGGGAAAGCAAGAUAGUUCAUAAAGAUUCAAAAGCACCAUUCCUAAUGUCUGGGUGUAAAGUAGCAGAUGGGUAUGGGACCAUGCUGGUAUUGAGUGUUGGAGUUCAUACAGAAUGGGGAUUACUAAUGGCUAGCAUUGCAGAGGAUAUUGGGGAAGAAACACCCCUGCAGGUCCGUUUAAAUGGUGUGGCAACAUUCAUUGGUAUGGUUGGCCUUGGAGUUGCGGUAGCUGUUCUUACUGUCCUUAUGAUCAGAUUCUUCACCGGACACACCAAAGAUCCUCAUUUUGAAGCUGGAAAGACUAAAGCUGGUGAUGCCAUAGAUGGGGCUAUUCAAAUCUUCACAAUAGCAGUAACCAUUGUAGUUGUGGCAGUACCAGAAGGCCUUCCCUUGGCUGUGACUCUCACGCUUGCUUAUUCGAUGAAAAAAAUGAUGGCAGACAAGGCUUUGGUUAGGAGACUUUCUGCAUGUGAAACUAUGGGGUCUGCAACCACUAUUUGUAGUGACAAAACUGGAACUUUGACUUUAAAUCAGAUGACUGUUGUUGAUGCUUAUAUUGGUGGAAAAAGAAUGUCCCCCCCAGAUGAUAAAUCCCAAUUGCCGCAGAAAGUUAUAUCUCUCCUCCUUGAAGGCAUUGCUCAUAAUACAAUUGGCAGUGUGUUUGUUCCUGAGGGUGGUGGAGCACCUGAGAUUUCUGGAUCACCAACAGAGAAGGCCAUUCUCCAAUUUGGAGUUGAUAUUGGCAUGAACUUUGCUGCCAUUAGAUCGGAGUCAACAGUUAUCCAUGCCUUCCCAUUCAAUUCAGAAAAGAAAAGAGGCGGUGUUGCCCUGAAACUGAACAAUUCUGAAGCUCGCAUACAUUGGAAAGGUGCUGCUGAAAUCGUUCUAUCUUGCUGUAAUAGCUUCAUUGAUGCAAAUGAUAAUGUGGUGCCCUUGGAUGAAAAUGAGGAGUUAUCCAUCAAAAAGGAAAUUGAUGACAUGGCUGCAAAUAGUUUACGUUGUGUGGCUAUUGCAUAUAGGCCAUAUGACACGGAUAAAUUUCCCAAAAGUGAAGAAGAGUUGAGUGGUUGGGUGUUGCCUGAUAGAGAUUUGAUCUUACUCGCAGUUCUUGGGAUCAAGGAUCCUUGUCGGCCUGGAGUUGGAGAUGCAGUUCAAUUAUGUAUAGAUGCUGGUAUUAAGGUGACCUAUUUCAUAAUCCCAAUUCAAUUUUACCAAUAGGUUUCAUAUUAAAUCUUAAGCAUGUCUCCCCUCUUAAUCCAAACCCUAUUGCAUUGCAUAAGGUAAUCAAGAUUUGUAUCGUGG